CAAUGCCUAAAGCAUUUAUGGUGUUUAUUUUUUUUUUUUUCUUAAAAUAACUCUUGUUAAGCCGAAUAUUUUAAAAUUUCAAUAAAAUAAUUUAAUUAUGAGCUCAUUCGCUAGUGGAAUAGCGUAUAGUAAUGGUUAAAAUAUAAUGGUCAUUUUGAAAUAGGAUAUUAUUAUUAAGCUCUAAUUUAGCUUUAAUUAUGGUUUUCAGCAUUACGCAGUUACUAAUAUAUGUUUUCUAUAAAGAGGUAUUAUUAGUGUCUUUUUUAAAUAAUAAUACGAAACAAUUAAGGUAGUAUAUUUUUGUUACACUAUAUUAUUUAAUUAUUCUUCUUCUGUUACAUUCCAUAUGUAAAAAUUUCGUGUCACAAUUUCUCCGGGUUAAAGUCGUACAUUACUGAACUGAUUUUAGUAAAAUUUAGAACACUGUGUUCAGUUUGAAACAACUUAAAAAAGAUAGGAUAGCUUACAUUUUAAUUAUGAUAAAAGUAAAAUAAUAUAUAAAAAAAAUGUAUUUCUAAACAUAAGCUUGUGUUCAAAUAAAAAAAAAUACUAUACAAUUUUCAGUGUUAUUCAUUCAUUAUUUGUUCCAUUGAGUAAUAUUUGUAUAAAUUGGUUGCAAAAUUAAAUCUCAAGUACAAACUUUUGAACUAUUAUACCGGCAGACACGUUUUCGCCUCAAUUCGAAAAUAUUAUUUUCACUAAAUAUUGUAGUUUAUAAUAAUUGUAACGGGUGUUUUUUUCGAGGCAUAGAACUUUAAGUUGGCAUUACUGUUCAAGAUGGCGACCGAUUUAACAGCUGUCAAGUGAUUUAUUCUCAGUUUGAUUUGGCAAUUCAUCAUAAAUAGACUCACGCUUGAACAACGCUUGCAAAUAGUGCAAGUUUCUUUCGAAAAUAAUGGUUCUGUGCGGAAUACUAUCGCGCACUAGGUUCAUUUUAUCGUCGAGCGCACUUCUGGUCGAAUAAUCCAUCGUUGUUUUAUUGCAAUUUAAGUCCUUCUAUACCUAUAAAAAUAAACACCCUUUAUUUAAUGCAACGCGUGGCCGGAUCCGCAGACGUAUCCCAUAUAUUUUAUUAUAUAAUGGAAAAAUUAUUUUAAAACCGUAAGUUUUUACUUAUAAAAAAAAUAUGGGUAAAACUUAAUUUUAAAUUUUUCUAAACAUCAGUUAUUUUCAACAUACCACUAACGUAUUUAUUAAUUUAUUUAAAUCGCAUUGGUAUUAGAUACAAUGAAAAGCCAAAACUCCGACGGCAAAACAUAACCAGCCGAUUUGAUGCCACAACAACGCAAAUGGAGACACAAAAAUGUUUUGACUAUGCCUUAUUCCCAAAAGUUAUCAGCAUAAGUCAUACUAAUUAAGGAACUAAGUUAUUUUAUUUAUUUAUUUAUAAUAAAUAUAAUAUAUAUAAAUAUAUAUGUAAGCCCAUGCAGUUGAAGCUUGCGUCAAACUUUGAGCUAGUAAGUUUUUAUGCAGCUUAAAAAUAACUUAAAUAUUAUGUUUAUAAGCGUUAUAUGUUUACAGAUAUGUAAAUAAGUAAACACACUUUAUGUGUGUAUAGAGUAACGUGUACGUGACAUGCUAACUAACAUUUUAAUGGCACUAAAGAGCUAAAAAUGUGAGCGAUUUACAAGUGAAUGCAACAAUUUCCCAGCUUGAGUAGUGUCUACAACAAUUUAAGCACAAGCGGCGCGCCGCAACAACGUGUGGCAUCACUGCACCAGCGUGCAACACAACUUGUUAUGCCGAUAACGCGCUACAUAAAAAUAAAACUGGAAAUUAUAGUGCUUAUUUUUGCGCCUCAUCGCGACUUGCAUCAACGCUGCUACUGUUGUGUUGUUGCGGUAUUUGUUUUUGCCGCCGUUGUUGUACUGAAAGGCGUGAUAAACGUGACAGUUUAAUUGCAACCUUUUGGUCACUUAACCGAACGCAAUGAUUGCCGCUGACAGGAGCGCCGAAGAGUGAAUGAAAACAAGUGGACGGGCGAACGGUGUGAGAGCUGAUUGCCUAUAAAUAUGUAGUAAAUGAGCGCGUUCACUUGGACAGCGCAGCAAUUUACUUGCGAGAGCAUUAAAUUAACAUGUAAUUUAUUGUUGACUAAUGCAAAAUGUCAAAGAGUAUGGCGCUCAGCGCACACUACGGCUCUACAAUGCGCUCAAUAAAGCAUACUCAGUACAUAUUUUCUCCAAAAGGUAACCCCAUUUUGAAGUGUUGCCAUUGUCGCAUACGUCGAAGCAGCCCAUUGAUUGGUUAUGCAUCGCUCAACUCGGAGCGAGCGCUGAGCGUUAAAAUUUCUAUAAGCAUUUUGCUGCUCCAACGUAACUACCGAGAAAAACCUGUUACGCUAGGUGUUAUAUACGCGCUCUUUGUCGUAUAGCAAAUUAUACACCAAAUGUGCCUUGGUAAUGCACUUUUUCUUAACAUGUCUGCCGACAGCAGCCAUCUAUUCAUCCAUCCAUUAACAAACCGCUUGACAGCCACAAUUAGCACUCUGCAUAUGUAUAAAUGAGAGAGUUAGGCUGUCACUGGCGCUGCCGUCGCGCGUUACCAAAGAUCAAAGUAUAUAUAUAUUUUUAUGGCGCAUGCGAUUUGAUUGGACAAAAAGUACGCCAUAUUUGAAAAUUACUCUAUUUCGCUCUUGCUUGCACGCACCUAUGCUUAUUCGUUCACUCUUACAACUUCAAAAGGAUGCACGCUCAUUUCAGGUUUUGAGAGCAACGGUAAAAGUUGCCAAAUUGCAUUGGAGUAAGCGCUCUCUUGCAGAGUGUAAUAGUGUUGAACGGCAGUGAAGCGCUCUUGCAGGGAGCUAUGCCGCGGCACGACUAGCAAGUACCUAAGCAAAUUGUGUGUCACAGAAAAAUCAGUUCGUGUUUGGCUUCCUUUGCGUUAAGACGUGUUUGAAAAGAAACUCGGAACGUAGCAAAGUAAAUACUUGGCUAUAACUAUAUACUCAAAAGCUAAUUUGAUAGUCAUAAUAAACGGUUGUGCUCAAAAACAACAAAGUUAAAAAAAUUUCAAAUUUGUCGAAAUAAUUUGUGUUCAGUCAUUUUGUGUGACGCUCUAAAAUACAAAUUUUAAAAUAAAAGUGAAUUAUUAAACUAAGCAGCUCGAAAGCAUUUUGUGAAUGAAAUUUAAACUUUUGCUGCAAAGAAUAUACAAAACAAAAAAUUGUGCUAAGUAAAAAACAAUAAAUUGUGCUCACCCAACUUAAACACUGGAUUAAUUUAAAAAAAAAAUCGUUAAAGUAGCUUAAAAGCUUGAAAAUUCAAUUAAAUAAAUAGUUGGAUUAACUAACGCAUCAACACCUCUACCAGCUGCUAUAAGUCCAGCUACACGAUUACACCUAUUGGAUUAACUAUAUUUGUGGAUUAGCUGUAUUAUUCAACUUCGUUACCCACGCUUUCUACACAACCUUUGGAUUUGCGUAAAAUGGUUGUUUUAGAAGGUGGCGGCGGUGUUGUUACAAUUGGCAACAACCAAUAUCUGCAGCCGGACUAUUUAUCACCAAUACCAACCACGGUGAGUUUCAGUCAGAAAAAAUAAGAAGAUAAGGAAAUUUUAUGAGCUCUGCAAUUUAUGAAGAAAUGGAAUUAAUAGUAGCUUGAUAGAAGAGCUGUUAUUGAAGAAGUUUAGGAAAGUUGACAAAUAUUUUAUGAGAUUUUAAAACGAGUUCGUUAUGCUUUUCAGAACAACUAAAUUGUAGAGAAUAAUAUUUAAAAAAUUUGCAAAUAUUUUCUUAGCAACAGAAUUUCAAAUAAAGCUGAAAAGGAUAUUCGUAAAGUCACAUAAAAAAUGUAUCUGAGAAAAAAAUCAUUAUCAUGAAAAAACUUAUGUUAGAUAAUAAUAAUUUUUUGAACAAACGUAGGUGAUACUUAUUUUAUGAAGGAGUACGCUUUGCUGAAAAAACAGUCAACUCGAGUCGAUUUCGAUACAUCAAAGUAUGAGAAAUACAUGAAAAAAAAAAAUGAUAAGGGUUUAACUGGAAUAUACCAAAGUUUCAAACACACGACGGAAAUGUAAACAUGAGAAAAUAUAAAAAAUUUCGCCUGAAUGCUGUUUUAAAUGUUAUGUAAUAAAAAAAAAUUAUAUUAUAUCAAAUAGAAAGAAAAUAAAUCGUUAGAGACUCAAACUCGAGCUAAACUAAAAAUAAAAUAAAAACAAUUAUUGGACACAGUUAAAAAAAUGUGUUGGUUACAUACACAAAAUUGAUUUAAAAAACUGAAAUUACUUUAUAUUAAAAUUUGAUAUGAAAUUGCUAAAAUAGAAACUAUACAAUAAAAGAAUAUAUUUUUCGCAAUGAGAGUGAAGCAAUUCAGGCGCCUCAUUUGCAUUAUAUAUCUAAACAUUUUUCAAUAUACCUAUAGGCUGCUUAUAUUCAACCAAAAUAAUUACUACACUUUAAAAACCUAAAUUCGCUAGUUGAACACACUAGUAUCUUCAAUUUAUAAUCGAAAAUAAGUAAACGCCAUUAUAAUGAAAUAUUUCUAGAAGCGCCACAGAUCCAUAUCUAAGUUCCAGUAAGCCAAAAGUUAAUUAUUUCAUAUUUCUCUUUUAUAUCGCAUUUAUUUUUUCUUAUUUAUUUAUAAAAACAUGUUUAAGGCGCUCGUAAAAGCUAAUUUAAAGUAUCAUAAAAAAAUACAAUCAAAAUUUGAAAAAACACUGAACACAUUAAACGAAAUUUAUUUUUAUGAUCAUAUCACCGAUUUUAUUGUUAUCAUAAUCUCUGUGUCACAAUAUGGACUCAUAAAUGUUGCUCAUUAUAGUCACAAAAAUUUCUUUAUUUUGCUGUCAUUGGCGGUGAAAGCUGUUUUAUAGCAUAAAAUUCUUUCGUAAUGUAUCUAUCAAAAUUGAAUUAUGGCUGUUUUUAGAUGGACGCCAAGAAAAGUCCACUCGCACUGUUGGCACAAACUUGCUCACAAAUUGGCGCUGAUUCGUCGGCAGUCAAGCCAUUACUCGCUAUGGAUAAAUCAAAGAAGUCUACAUCUUCAUCUUCGUCAUCCACCUCAUCGAAUGCCAGUACGGACAUGAGCGCCAAGUCUCCAACACAGGCUAAAUCACCGAAAUCCACCACACCAAAUACCACCGAGGUGAAAUUGGCUUUUAAGCCUUACGAAACAAAUGUGCUGAGCGCUCAAAACCACAAUACAUUCAAGUCAUCGUCCUCAACGACUGUGGACGAGCAACGACCCAGCUCAAAAUGCUCCUCCAGCGGUGGUGCUGAUAAUAAUACACGCGUGCCCUCACGCAACAAAUCCAAUUGUACACCAGAGUCACAUGCUAUCAAAAUGGAGAAUUUGCAUGGUGUUACACCAACACCAAGUGAUAAUAAUCGCAAAACUGUGUCUCCCGCCGGUUCGUCACAACGUGGUGCCAGCCCCAUUGUACGCUCCGGUAUGGAGGUACUGAAUAAUAGCAAUGGUCAAGCCACACAUCCGAAGGAGAUGAGCAGUAUGGCUGCGGCAGCCGCUGCUGCUGCCGCUGCUUAUAAAGCGGCCGGUCCAUAUGGCAUUAAUCCAUUAUCGGCGCUCUGCUGUCCACCCGGUAUGGAGCAACACGCCAAUCCCGCUUUCCGUCCACCAUUUGCCGGCGGUUUCUCACAUCAUCACGCAGCAAUGUUGGCUGCUGCUGCUGCAAGCGGCGGUUACCCAGGCGGUCCUAAUGGUCCGGGCUCACAACCCAAUCCCUACAUCAGCUAUCAACGCAUCAAGACACCUUCCGGCGGUGAGGCUAUUGUACCGGUUUGCAAGGACCCCUACUGUCCCGGCUGCCCCUACUCGGCACAUACGCAACAAAUGCUUAUGGGUGCCCCCUGCCCAGCUGGUUGCACACAAUGUGAACAUCAAAAAUAUGGCAUGGCAAUGAUGGGUGGCGCCGCUGGUCUACCACCGAACCAUCCUUACUCACAAGCCGCUGCAGCUGCUGCCGCUAGUGCUGCUGCAGCGCGCUCAGCGCCAUAUGUCUGCAGUUGGGUGAUAGGCGACGCUUAUUGCGGUAAACGCUUCCAGACCUCCGACGAACUAUUCUCACAUCUGCGCACUCACACCGGUAAUCUCUCGGAUCCAGCUGCUGCCGCCGCCGCCUUGGCUCAGUCACAGGCACAAUCAUUGUUGGGCACACUUUUUCCACCAUCAGCACUCCGCGGUGGCUAUCCAACCCCACCGUUGAGUCCGAUGAGCGCUGCUGCUGCGGCACGCUAUCAUCCUUAUGCUAAACCUGGUGGCAUACCAGCUAGCGCGUUGACUGCACCAUCCGCCUUCGGCAUGACUGGCUUUAAUCCCGCAGCGGCUGCUGCAGCAGCAGCUUUGGGACCCUACUACUCGCCCUAUGCGAUGUAUGGUCAACGUAUUGGCUCGGCCGCGGUGCAUCAGUAAGCGUAUGCGGAAGCGCGAUAAAUGCUGACAACAAGGCUAGUCAAGGAGAAUGAAAGGCUAACCGUGUGAUUUUUGAGUAAGGCGCAUGCGCGCACAUCUCGACUGCAAGGCCAACAGUGAGUGAGGCAUAGGCAUGAUGGGCCGCGCACUCGGUUACAAUAUGCAUACCAAAAACAUAAAAGCGGAAUAAAAUAAAAGCAAAGAUCUGAAGGUGAAGUUUGAAAUUGCAGAAAAAAUGGCAAAAAACACAAAAAACAAAAACGUUAAAAAAUGAUUAAUACAAAAUUGCGUUUCAAAAAAAGUAUAAAACUGUAUGAAAAAAUUUCAAUUUGAGAAUGCGCUAUUGUUGCGAUCGUUUUACACUGUGAUACUAAAAUGUAGUUGGAUGCUAGGCUUAUUAGGUUUUAAAUGAUGAACAUAUGACUUACACACAUGCAUACAUGCAGAAAUACAUAUAUGUAUACGCAUCUGUAUUUGUGAGCAAAAGCGUAAAAAGUAAUUAAAGUUUUUAGUUGUAAAAUGCAGCCAAAGCAUUUUUUUCAAAUAACCAUGAAACCUUAACAAAAACAAUCACCUUAACUAGUUUUUUGUUACUAUUAAUUUAAUAUAUGUAUAUGUAUGUAAUAUAUCUGUACGUUUUGCCUUUAAUUAUAUAAUUUUAAGCGUGAAAAUUGUGAAUUAGUUUUUUGUUUAGUAUCGAAAGCGCAUAUAAAGGCCUUUCGCUUACAGUUUAUUUGUUUUAAUGGCUUUUGAAAAUUUAAUUUAGCUAUGUAAUAAAUGUAAUAUACAUACAUACAUGAAAACAUGAAAAACUUGAAAUAACCACUUACAACCCAUGUUUAACUGCAUAUGAAGCGCUUGUAUGUGUUUAUAUAAUACAAACAGAUUUCCAUAAAACGAAACAUAAAAGAGUCAAAAACUUCAAUUACAAACUUGAUGGAAUAAUUAGUUUUCAUUUUGCAAUUAAAUGAAAAUAAUAAAUAUAAAUAUUAAAAAAAAAUAAA